GAUAACUAACUCCCCUUUACUUCCUGUCUGUCAGCUGUCACUGUAAACGCCGAGGUCAAGGGGAACGAAGCAUGGCUGCGUUGUUCAGAGGGUCUCGGAAUUUGUUGCAAAGGUGCAAUAAACAACAUGUCGAUCUGGCUCUGGUGUGUAGCAGGUCGAUGGCCUCGAAGACUCCAGUGGGGUUCAUUGGGCUGGGGAACAUGGGCAGUCCCAUGGCCAAGAACCUGCUGAGGCACGGAUACCCUGUCAUUGCCACCGACGUCUUCCCUGAGUCCUGCAAGGAGCUACAAGACGAGGGGGCACAGAUCCUGGACUCCCCAGCGGAGGUUGCAGAUAAAGCAGACAGGAUCAUCACCAUGCUCCCCUCCAGUCCCAACGUCAUAGAGGUCUACACUGGACCCAACGGCAUCCUCAAGAAAGUGAAGAAGGGAACGCUGCUCAUCGAUUCCUCCACCAUCGACCCUUCCGUCUCCAAGGAAAUGGCCCUCGCCGCCGAGAAGAUGGGCGCCGUGUUCAUGGACGCUCCCGUGUCAGGAGGUGUGGGAGCAGCCAGCUUGGCUAAGCUAACCUUCAUGGUAGGAGGGGUUGAGGAGGAGUACACUGCAGCCCAGGAACUCCUCACCUGUAUGGGAGCUAAUGUAGUGUACUGCGGACAGGUCGGCACAGGACAGGCAGCUAAGAUCUGUAACAACAUGCUGUUAGCGAUUGGGAUGAUCGGGACUGCAGAGACCAUGAACCUCGGAAUCAGGUUGGGUCUGGACCCGAAACUGCUGGCCCAGAUCCUGAACAUGUCAUCAGGCAGGUGCUGGUCGAGUGACUCGUAUAACCCAGUACCAGGUGUCAUGGAGGGAGUCCCCUCUGGCAACAACUACCAGGGAGGCUUUGGGACCACGCUCAUGGCCAAGGACCUGGGUCUGGCCCAGCACACAGCCACCAACACUAAGACCCCUGUCCCCCUGGGCUCGCUGGCCCAUCAGAUCUACCGUGUCAUGUGUGCCCGCGGCUACGCCAACAAGGACUUCUCCUCUGUGUUCCAGUUCCUACGUGAACAGGAGGAGGAGCCAGAAAAGAAGGGGGACUAGAACCCCUUACCUUAUCCCCCAGCACAACCCUACGUCCCACCCGUACACCACACCCCUGCCUUUACCUGAGGAGAGAAUUGGUUUCAGAGAGGUAUGAGAACUUGAGAUGGAAGUUGUUCUUUACUGCUGAUCUAGGGUCAGGUAUGAUUUCAUCCCCCUAAUGGUUAAGGUUAGGACUGGGGGUUAGGUUAGGGCAGCCUCUACUUCCCCUGGCCAGGGAGGGGGCAGGGGGGUACUCAUGGUCUAACACAACGUGUCGAGGGGAUGACGUACGUAGGUUUAAAAGAGGAUGUUUGACAGAUCAGAUAAUGUGCAUAACGUUGUACUUCCUGUUCUUUGUUUUGGGUUGUUUUUGUUUGUUUUUGUUGCCGGGAGUUUGUCUGUUACAUGUGUUACAACCCAUGAUCCUGCCUCUUUGUCAGAGAAGAGAAGAAAACCCUGAAACAAGCAGAAAAUAGCAACGCAGCAGCUCCUCCUCCAGGGCUCUGAGGUUUAGACUGGGUGAUUAGAGAUGCAGAUGGAGACUGACCACGUUGGAUCUGUUCAGCAGUAGCCUGAAAUAAUGAGAAUAAUAAGGAUGAUGAUGCUAUAGAGCUCAAGACAAUUAGGGAAGGGCAUACCACUGUCCCCUGUCUGAAGACUCUCACAUACACACUUGAGCAUUCUACACAUGAUAACCUAUAUUACAUUACUUCAUACCAAAUGGGAUCAGACGUUUCCUCAUUUUGUUACCCGUCUUGUUUUGGGGGUGGGGAGGAGGUAGUUGGUGGGUGGGAUUUGGGAGAAGGGGUGUGGUAGGUAAUAGUGGUUCACUGAUGUAAACCUCCCAUUAUUUGUUCCUUCAUUAUCCAUCCAUUUAUUCAUUGUUUAAUUCAGUCACGUGUUUUCAACUUGAGCACAGUAGUGUUUGUUCCGUUUUGGGGGGGACAGGUCCCACCAUGCUCGCUUCUCUUUAUACAGACCCACCACUGUCUGGUACUGUGAGACGCCAUUGGCGGCAGCUCCCAGGUCACUAUGCACUCUGACCAAUCCGUGCGGAGUGGGGCCAGGAAAUCCUUUGAUAUACUUCCUGAUUUGAUAUACCUCUACUGGAAUUACAGCUUCUGUUUAACAUCUGGAAUUUCAUUAUAACCUAUACAAUUAUUCUAUCUGUAGCUUUUUUUUUACUGUCGGACAAAAUAUCUAUCUUCUGCUCAGUACCUCUCCUUUGUUGUUUUCCUUCACUUCUCUUUUCAUGUCAUUCUCUCUCUCGCUCUCCUCUUCACUUGCUCCCUCUUCUUUCUGUCUGUGGCUCAGAACAGGCAGCAUUAUCUGUUUAAAGCGCCACCGAGGGUAGACUCCAUCCCAACCUGUGCUGUGUGCAUGUACAUAAUGUAUAUUUAUUUUGUUGACUGUAUUAAAGGAGACCCAGAGAA